AUGUCUCAAGAAUUUCUUGAAAGUGACUUCAACCAAGUCGCUACUUCAUGUAAAGAGGCAAUGGGUGAGAAAAGAAAAAAAGGCGCAAGUGAAAGUGAUAUUAAACAAAAUCACAAAAAACAUAAAAAAAAAAAGAAGAAUGACGAUGACUCCGCGAUUAAAGGUGACUUUGAAACUGAAAAACUUCCUCCUUUUGAAGAUAAGAGUGAAGAAAAAGAAAAUAUUAUUGAGAAUAUUGAAUGUCUAUAUUGUACAGUUAUGCUCGAUAUUCCUGGUGCAUAUCCUUGUUCUUGCAAAUCUGAAGUCGAAACUGCCGAAACUAUGCUCCUCGAAAUCUUUGAUAUAUGUCUUUGUUCUUGCCACGAAAGUUCAGUGCAUGAAAAACCGCUUGAACCAGAAAAAUGCGUACCAAACCCAUCCCCUGGGACAUCAUCUGGGCACGUUAAACCAAAUUCCGAAGAGAAUUUUCGCAUAAAUCCAGCGAAUGAAAAGAAUGAAAAGAAUGAAAAACCACCUAAGACAUUAUCUGAACCUGUUAAACCAUAUUCCAAAGAGAAUUCUAACUUAAACCAUAGUUUAUGCGACGGUGACCUUUUGAAGAGUUAUGAUAAAGAAACUUUUCAACUGAAUAAUUCUUCUAAGAUGAAAGUAGAAAAUCAAAUAACUCCUACUUCUCAAUUCAAUGAAAGCAAAGAUUACGGGAGUAAUAUUCCACAAAAUGAUGGAAGUAUGUCAACCGAUAAAAGAAAUACGCAGCAUUUCAAUGGAAGCAAAGAUUACGGGAUUAAUAUUCCAGAAAAUAAUGGAAGUAUGUCAACCGAUAAAAGAAAUACGCAGCAUUUCAAUGGAAGCAAAGAUUACGGGAUUAAUAUUCCAGAAAAUAAUGGAAGUAUGUCAACCGGUAAAAAAACGGAUAAUAAAACUGAUGGAAACAAUGAAGCCAUGAAGUCAACCAAUUAUAAAAGACAAAUUAGAUCGGUUGCACUUUUUGUCACUUUUGGUCGCAAAAUCAAUUUUGGUUUGGAAACCGAUGAAUACCAAAGACUAGGAAUCCAACCUAUUUCACGUGAACUUUUUCCUGAAUCGGGAAUUAAAUUUGUCACUGAUGCAGUGCUUAAUUGUUGGGUUAAUGGAUGGAAAAUCUCUCUGUUUGUGGUUUCAGAUAACAAUAAUCUCAUGAAAGGUUUUGUUAAAAACUUACGAGACCUUUUUCUCAAGCGAUCUUUAAAAAUUGUCGUAAUCGCAUUAACUUAUUACUCUUAUUACUCUGAAAAUGGUUUCAAAUUGGCUGGUGCCAACGCUGUUAUUUUUGGAUUUAAUAAAGAUGCAUUGUUGGCUUUAUUAAAUGAAGAAACGUCAAGAGUUUCUAAUUCGGAAAAGGAUGAUACAGUACAAUUCUAUAACAGAGGCGAGCCAUAUUACGAAUUUACGAAUUUCUAUUCAGCACCUGUUAUGAUUGAUAAUAAACUAUGGCCUACAACAGAACAUUAUUUUCAAGCCUCGAAAUUUUGUCAACUUGAACUUCGCGAAAGAAUUCGUAAACUGCGAUUUCCAAGUGACGCAUUUAAAUUGGGACGAGAAUACAAUAGUUUAAAACGUAAAGAAUGGGAAGUAGCUUGUUCUUCUAGGAAUUUUCCUCAAAAACGAUUAUUUAAAGAAUUUAUCAUGAUGUAUGCAUUAAAAUGUAAAUUCGAACAACACGAUAAGUUAAAAUAUUUACUACUUUCUACCGGAACGGCGAAAAUUUAUGAACAUACUGAAAGGGAUUCUUAUUGGGGUGAUGGAGGAAUAAAUGGUAAAGGUUUAAAUCGAUUAGGAGAAUAUCUUGAAGAACUCCGUGCGCAUUUUAUGCAACGCGAAUGUUUAAGAAUGGUUCGUGAAAGUGGUCAACCUACGGCUAGAUGGAUUAUUCCAGAAUUGGAUUUAUUAGUUAGUUUAGAAGAUUAA